AUGCAUGAUUUUAUUUCUUCUUUCUCUCUCCUGUGCCAAGUGUUGUGCUUCCUCUUCGAAACAUCGCAACUGCUUCAACGAUCUCACUGCCAAUAUCAAACUUUUAAUUCCAACAAUUCAGACAGCGAAAGAAGCGGAGGGAAGAACAUGAUGAAUUUAUUAUAUUACUCUCUAGUGCUUUUCUCACAUUUCUCUAUUUCUUCGUCUAAAUUGGUUCGCGAAGUUCUGACACUGACAUGGGAAGAGGAUGCACCUAAUGGUCAAGCACGCGAUAUGGUGAAGAUGAACAGACAGUUUCCCGGUCCACAAUUCUAUUGGGACGAGGACGAUGACAUUGAAGUCCUAGUCCAUAACGCAAUGCCUUUCAACACCAGCAUCCAUUGGCACGGCAUCGAGCAGCACGGCACUCCUUGGUCAGACGGGGCUACUGGGUUGACUCAAAUCCCCAUCGAGGUUGGAGAGAGCUUUAUUUACCGCUUCAAGGCCAUUCCAUCGGGGACACACUGGUAUCAUGCUCACACGAGAACCACAAUUCUUGAUGGACUUUAUGGAGCAAUUUUCAUUCGACCGAAAGAUAAUACCACAGGGCCGUGGCACAUGAUUUCCGAUAACCCAAGUGAUAUAACCGCCAUAGAAAGAGCUGUACAAAAGCCGAAACUCAUCGUGGUCUCAGAUUGGACUCAGUUCAAGUCGUGGGAGUACAUGGAAGCCCAAGAAGCAUCCAAUUUGAAUAUCUUCUGCGUUGACAGUAUCCUCAUCAAUGGAAAAGGUAGCGUGUAUUGCCCAGGCGAAGACUAUCUGAUCGAACAUACAAUGGACACAAUCAAAUGGGCGAUAUACCCUCACGAGGUUACAGACAAAGGAUGUCUUCCUUUCGUCAAAAGAACUCAGACAAGUAUGGAAUACUUGAUAGCUGGGAGACCGGAAAACGUGCCUCUGCAUCUAAACAAAGGCUGUAUACCUGCUGAAGGGAGCCAUGAAGUAAUCGAAGUUGACCCGUCCGCUGGGUGGGUGAGCCUCAGUUUCAUUGGUGCUGUCACUCUCAAAGCCGUAACCUUCACUAUCGAUGAGCACCCUAUGUGGAUUUAUGAAGUGGACGGGCAUUAUAUCGAGCCUCAGAAAGUUGACUUGGCGAAGCAAUAUACUGGGGAGAGGUAUGCAAUGUUAAUCAAGCUCGAUCAACCUUCUAGAGAUUACACUAUUCGCGUGGCAGAUGAUGGAAUUGGUCAGGUCAUUUCUAGUUACGCCACGUUAAGAUACGGGGACAGGAAGCCCGAUCUUCGUCAAUCCCGAGGUGUGAUUGAUUACGGUGGCCAGAAUAUUACUCCAGUUACAUGGCUAGACCGUGACCAUCUACAUCCAUACCCGAGGCUUGACUUUGCGCUGCAAUCGGAUAACUUGUUUGUUUUUCGGAUAUAUAGAUGGGAUAAUCUGGGUUAUCAUCACACCUUGAGCGGUACAGGGAAAUGGGACGAAGACAGUACAGCCUACGAUCCAUUGCUACAUAAUCCGUACUCAGAAACCGCCCGGGACGAGAAUCUUGUGGUCAGCACCAAGAACAAUACCUGGAAUGACCUCGUCAUUCAAGUUGGGGCAUUUCCCGAUUUACCUCGUGAUGCCCCUCACACAAUUCACAAACAUACAACAAAAAUGUGGCAAAUUGGGGCCGGCAUGGGUAUAUGGAAUUACUCAUCUACCGAAGAAGCUAUACAAGCGCAGCCUGAAGCGUUUGAUUUCGAUAACCCCAACUAUCGUGAUACUUUCGUGACGGGCUUUAACGGGCCUUCGUGGAUUGUAAUGAGAUACCAUGCAACCAAUCCAGGGCCAUGGAUGCUUCAUUGCCAUAUUGAGACACAUUUGGCAGGAGGAAUGGGCGUUGCCAUCUUGGAUGGGAUCGAUGCCUGGCCGAAUGUUCCACCUGAAUACGCCAACGGAAGAAACGGCAUAGCAGAUGAGCAGCGUGUGGACUGGGAUAGUUGGAAAUUUGCCGCUGGAAUCUCCGAAUCUGCAGUACACAGUGCUGCCAUCGGAAAUCUGGAUAACGCUGUGCAAGAGAACAAUUCCUGGAAAGGAUUCACUACGAAGAUCAUUGAGUUUCUGCGCACUUGGUCCCCUCAACAUCUGAUCUAG